AUGGGUGGACCAUCCAAUAAGUUCGGUUUCUGUGCAGCUUUCGAAGUAUUGCUUUUGCAGACAUCAUUAUCUCUCUUUAGUCCCGAGAAACGAGCAAUGCGCAAUGCGUUGGUACGUUUUGGUCGUGCUGGAGGCGGUAUGCGAAAUGCACUAGUCAGGUUUGGAAAAAGGUCAUCUGUUGAUGACGAUUAUGACCAACGUAAACGCAAUGGCGCUCCACAGCCAUUUGUACGAUUCGGACGAUCAGGACAGCUAGAUCACAUGCAUGAUAUCUUGUCGACGCUACAAAAACUGGAGAUGGCAAACUACUACUGA